CCUACUCGUACAAAGACUCAACUAGUACCCUAGUACUACUCGGACCAGCUAGCACUGACUACAUGGCAUGCAAAGCCAAGCCGACUAGGAAACUUGCCUAAUUAACCUGACUAGACUUAAACGCUAACUCUUUUAUUAAAGGUUAGAUUAUUGCUAACACGGCCGGUGCGUGUGAGCAGUGUGCCUCGAUCAUCUCUGUCCGUCCGUGUGUGUUGAGUACGUGCUGGAUCAUGGGCGUGGGGAAGAAGGUGCUGGACGACGUGAAGCCGUACAUGAUGAUGGUGCUGCUGCAGAUUGGGUACGCCGGCAUGUACAUCGUCUCCGUCGCCUCGCUCAAACAGGGCAUGAGCCACUUGGUGCUCGUCACCUACCGCAACAUCGUCGCAACCGCCGUCAUGACGCCCUUCGCCCUCAUCUUCGAGAGGGGACUGAGACCGAAGAUGACAAUGCCCAUCUUCGUCAAGGUCUGCAGCCUCACGUUACUCGAGCCUGUGAUUGACCAGAACCUGUACUACCUCGGCAAUAAGUUCACCUCCGCGAGCUUCUCCUCUGCGCUGGUCAACAUCCUCCCCACCGUGACCUUCAUCAUGGCCAUCAUCCUCCGGAUGGAGAAGCUCCGAUUCCGGAGCCUCCACAGCCAGGCCAAGGUCGCCGGCACCAUCUGCACCGUCACCGGCACGGUGCUGAUGAUCAUGUACCACGGCCCCGUGGUGCAGUUCCCGUGGGCUCACCACGCCGACCCGUCCGCGGCCGCCGCCGCCCAGAGCAGCGCCACCUGGCUCGCCGGCACCGUCAUGAUCAUCGCGUGUUGCGUCGCUUGGGCCGGCUUCUUCGUCCUCCAGUCAAACACGCUGAAUAGCUACCCGGCGCCGCUGACGCUGACGUCGAUAAUCUGCGCGAUGGGUGCCGUGGUAAACGCCGCAGUUACGCUGGUGGCGGAGCGCCGGAACAUGGGCGCCUGCUGGGUCAUCGGCCUCGAUACCCGCCUCUUCACCGUCGUCUACUCCGGCAUCGUGUGCUCCGGCGUGGCGUUCUACUUGCAGGGGCUGGUGACCAAGACGCGCGGCCCGGUGUUCGUGACGGCGUUCCAGCCACUCUGUAUGCUCAUCACCGCCGUCAUGGGCUCCAUUCUCCUCAAAGAAGAGACCACGCUAGGAAGUGUGAUUGGCGCAGCGAUCAUAGUGCUCGGCCUCUACUCCCUCAUCUGGGGCAAGAGCAACGACAUCCUCGACAGCAAGACGGCCGCCGAGAAUCUGGCCCUGCCGCUCACUUCGGUCGUCGCCAACGGCAACAGCAGUAACGGCGGCGCCAAUGGUGGCAGGCAUAUUCAGGCGAAAGCUGCUAGCGGCAUCGGCGACAACAUCGCCAUCGGUCGCGUCAUGUACUACGGGAACAUCCCCUUCAUGCCGGCUGUCAAAACAUGGGUUCUGGCUGCCGUCAACCCUACCGCCUACACGGUCAUCCCGUUUGGUGAGUUCCACAUCUUCAUCGGGUGGACCGGCCAGGAGGCCGGCUUCGACUCCAACAACAACCUCCCCGCCCCAUCGGCGGAGAUCAAGACGCAAGCCGGAUCUGGUUCUACCCUUUCUGCAGAGGCGGCAGAGUUCCGGAUCAGGCUAUCAGCUAAGGCGGAUGCCGAGAAGUUUGUCAAGACCUGUAUAUCAACCGGCUAUACCCCUUUCUUCAUGGUGUAUGGAGCAGAAGCUAUCCUGCCCAGUGAUAUUCUCCACAAUGUCUUGCAUAUUACCGCCUACGACGAGGAAGAUGCAGAGUUAGCCAGACAAGGUGUUGUUGACCUCCUUGAAGAAGAAAAUUUGCUAGCCGCCCAAAGAAGGUGA